AUGGCCACCAACAGAUUCUUGUGUGAAAUAUGUGGUAAAGGGUUUCAAAGAGAUCAAAAUUUACAACUCCAUAGGAGAGGACACAACCUUCCAUGGAAGCUCAAGCAAAGGGCUAAUAAAGAAGUAAGAAAGCGUGUCUAUGUCUGCCCUGAAAAGACCUGUGUCCAUCAUCAUCCUUCUAGGGCUCUUGGAGACUUAACAGGUAUAAAGAAGCACUUUUGUAGGAAGCAUGGAGAGAAGAAAUGGAAGUGCGAAAAAUGUUCAAAAAGAUAUGCUGUGCAGUCAGAUUGGAAAGCACACUCAAAGACUUGUGGCACUAGGGAGUACAAAUGUGACUGUGGGACUCUAUUUUCGAGGAGAGAUAGCUUCAUCACCCAUAGGGCCUUCUGUGAUGCCUUAGCAGAGGAAACAGCUAGAGUAAAUGCAGCAUCUAGCAUAAGCAACUUAACUGGUGGGAACAUGAAUUAUCAUCUAAUGGGGAAUCCAUUAGGGCCUAGCAUGGCACAACAUUUCUCUUCAAUUUUCAAGCCAAAUUCAAGCAAUGAUCAUCAUCAAACAAGACAAGGAGGACUUUCCUUGUGGAUGAGCCAAGGAGUAGUUCCCCAAGUCAGUGAAGCAAUGGGCAAUAACAUUCAAGAGAUUCAUCAACUUGGCUCUAUGACCAGUUCAGGAGCUAUAUUUGGUGACCCUCUUGCUGUUUCGUGCUCAAAUACUCCACCAUCUGAUCAUUAUCAGUUAAAUUGGCCAGUUUUCGGGAAUAAGAUGCCUUCGAAUAAUGCUCACGAGGAGAUGAGUAGCACUUUAGUGCUUCCUUUAAGCAAAGUAAAGGAAGCAACUGCUGCAAGUCAGCUAGUAAGUGUUCCUUCCUUGUACAGUACCCAACAACAACAGUCCCAUCAAACAACUUCAGCAACUAUGUCAGCCACUGCUUUGCUGCAAAAAGCUGCUCAGAUUGGUGCAACUUCAACAGAUCCAUCAUUCCUCGGGAGUUUUGGGCUAAAGAGCUGCAGCAGUAAAGUUCAAGAUGGAAACAACAAGUUCUGUGGACUGUAUGGUUCAAGCCCUAUGAGCACUAAUCCAGAAAGUGAUGUGGAGAACUCAGGAAAUGAUCAGAUUUCCACUUUGGAUCAGCUUCAAAUGUACUCUGCUAAAAGGCAGAAAACAUUUCAAAGUGAUCAAGAUAUUCCUGCAGGAGGGCAAACUAGAGACUUUCUUGGAGUUGGUGUACAAGCCAUAUGCCACCCAUCAUCUAUCAAUGGAUGGAUUUAA